CUGUGGUGGCUUAAAAUGAUUUCAGUGAUGCAAUGUUGAUGCUAAAAAUAUUGCUUUUAAUAUAACAAGUAAAUCACUUUUGCCAUAUACAAUAAUCAUUUCUUGAGUAAAGUUCAGCAUGAACAGAUAUAAAAUAGACUUGCACUAAAGGAAACAAAAAGGUGGCAUCAAAACCCACUUUGCUGUGACGUAGUGAUAGUCACACGUAUUACACGUAAGGCAUUUUUCCACUGCAUAGCAAAGGGGUUGCUGUACAUAAGUUGAAAUGUUAAAGCUGACCUGUGACAAGGAAGUGAGACUCAAAUGUCCUCUCUUCCUCUUUCGCAUUAAAAAAGCCUUUUGCUUUUUCUGAGCAGUAUAGUUGUACAUGUGUCACCGAGAGGACAUGUUCAUUAUUUGUGCUGUUGCAGUGUGGGAGUAGUCACCCUGUCCUGGCUCUUAACUGGAUGAGAAAAAUUGGGAAGCAGUGAGCCAAAGUCUGGAGCGACUACAAUGCUUCAAAUCUUCCAGUCACUGAGCUUUGGAAACAAACCAUCCCAGUGGCCUCAAAGGACUUAACAAAUGGAGAGAAAUAAGAAAAGACUUUCCCUGUUUAUUCUGCUGCCUCUGCUGCUGCUCUGCACAAGUGAUGAGUGUCCCAGGCUUCCAGAGAAUCUCACUUGCUACACUGACUACAAUAGAAACAUCACAUGUUUGUGGAACAGCAAAUACGUGUCUGAUGACACUGCAUGCACCAUACAUGCUCAGUAUGAAGGUCCCUACAUCUCUUACAGCACUUCCUGUCACCUAAAGUCUGUUGACAUGUCCAGACCAGACCUAAAGGAGUGCUCCCUCAUCUUUGAAAUGGAAUACACUUUUCGGUCUCUCCAUGUGUUGUCCAUGAAUCUGAGCUGUGCUCAUAUGAAGCAGAGUCUAAACACUUCCUACAUGCCGUCCUGUCACAUAAAGGUGAAUCCUCCUUCGAAGCCAGAAGUCAACGUCACCUCUGUUUCCUGGUUGUCCGAAGACCCCGAACAUGAAAUGAUCAACUCAUACGAAAGUGAAGUGCAGUGGAAGCAGCAGGAUCAGUCAUGGAGUGAUCCCCCCUUUCAGAAAAAAGGUGACAUUCAGUGCGAGAAUGAGUGCAGGGCAGAGCUGGACCCAGACAAACUGAUACAAGGCGAGAAGUACGAGGUACGAGUUCGUGUGCGGUCUGUUAAACCUCGACCCAAGGGAGCCUGGAGUGACUGGAGCCCCACUGCAUCAUGGGAGUCACCAGUAGGAAAAAGAAAACCACCAUCAGAUGUUCCUACACUUGUUGUGUGCAUAAUUACAGCAGGUGUUGUAGUGUUAAUGGCAGUCAUUCUCUGCACAACUAAAAAACACUGGGUUUAUGUAGUAAAGACAAUGAAAGGUCAGCCCGUACCAGACCCAGGAAAAUCCUCCCUGCAGAAUGUACAUUUUAAGAGUGGGUUCUCCAGUGAAUACUUUCACUCCUUCUUGAAACCAGUGGAAAUUAUCACUGUAGAAUUAAUCUCACCUGUGGAUGCUGCUGUGGCCUACAAGCCAGAUGAGAAGAUGGUGUUGAACAAAGGCAGCUAUGACUCCACCAGCUCCAGCUUCACUAACCCAAGUUACUCUGAGCUUUGUAGCCCUCCUCCUAUUUCCUCACUCACUGCUGGGAAUCUGAAGCCCUGUGCGGUUGACACGCCUUAUGGUCCUGUUGGUACUCGGGGUGAAGGAAAAAGCGCAGAACAGGAAAGUGAUGAAGCGAGAGAGAAAGAAAAGGAGACGUUAAUGUUGCUGCUCAAAGGCAGCAGUAACAGUGAGUCAGUGCAGGUGAUUUCAGACUACGAGAAAACUGAGAGGCUCGACAAUGAUCGAUUUAGGCUCCAGAGUCUAGAUUCAGGCAUGUGCAGUUGUGAAGAGGUCAGUGAAGAGAGCAUGGAGGCAGAUAGCAUCAAUAUGACUGAUAGCCAUAAUGAAGAACCUGAGGGUGAGGAAGAGAAGGAGGGAGGGAAUAAACAAAAGGCAGAUUUUCAGAGGUUGUUUGGAAGCAGCGGAGGUGUGUUUGGCAAGUCUAUCCAGGUUUGUUCUGAUUAUGAGCGAGUGGAGAAACAGCAGGCUGACAGCCCGGAGCUUCCCAGCUUGGAUUCAGGUGUUAGCAGUGGGGGAGAGGAGCAGCUGAGUCAGGAUGAGGGCAUGGAGGAUGUUGAUAAGUCCACUGAAUCUACACGCUUCCUGUUUCCGCCUCAUCCUUCCAGUGCUUUACCAUGCUCCCUGCUCUCUUUUCCACAACUGCCUCUGAACUUGCCUGGGCCACGACUGAGUCCAGCGUUGCAGCUCCAGCCAGGUCACAUGACACAGGGGUUUGCUCUGAUGUCAACAGGCAGGUCGGUGGAGCCCUCUGGUGAUGGAUAUAUGCCAGUGAAACAGGAGGACGGCUGAGAACAGACAGCAGGCUCAACUAGCAGGACAACAUAGCAUGUAGCACUUGGAGGAGUCAUCACAGUCAGUCAGUUCUCAGGAAAAUGUGACAUCACAUAAUUCUUUCUCUUCUGCUCAGUUUUCAGCAACUUUGACAGUUUCAUGAAUGUAUUUUACUUUUGUUUUUUAUAUAUUUAUAUCAAUAUUUAUGCCUGCUCAGAAGCUCAUACUGUCACCCCAGAAUAAAAUAAUGUGACUCUUUCUACAAUGUAAAGGCUGCCCUCUCUGCCAUCACACUAGCUGACCUGACUGACUCUAAACUGCGUAAAUCUGUGUAAACUGUGGUAAACUGUGGUAAACUUCCCUACAUGGACUAAAGUUUUUGGCCACAUACAUAUUGAGCGAUUUAAAUCCAUACCAUGAAGCUUCCAGUGCACAUUUUUUAUCCUGAUGUCAGUGGCAGAGGAGGUUUGGAGCUGUACAGAGCAGAGAUGGGCAGUAACGCGUAAUCCGAUUACUUUUUUC